GUCAUACUUUGUACUACAUGAGGGGCAGAAUGGAGUAAACAACUGCAAUUACUGCUACUACAACUACCGCAAGAAAUACACAAAUGGACAAGAUUUGAACUGCUGUGAUUUCAACCCCAGAGACAGAAAUUUUAAACCAUGUUGACCCAUCGCAGAGGGAGGAGUCUCUCUGAUGCUUUGACCCUGGAACAGUCAGACAAUGGAAGCGUGGUCAUCUCCAGCGUCUCCACUGGAUCAUCAGACACUCAGGAGUUCAGGGCAGGAGAUGAGCUGGUGGGAGCAUCCAUAAACUUUGAUCAUCUGUCCAAAGACGAGGUGCAUCAGGUGCUUAAGGCCAUGGAACCAUUUAACUCCAACGUCCGGGUCCUGACCAGGAGUAACAUGAGCAAGAGUGUGGAAAACCUGAACCAUACCUUCAAGAGUCCAGAGGCAAUGUUGAACGACUCCUACAACAAACUCUACAACAACAAAAUCAAGAAGUACAUGAAGAGCAGCUCAGUGGAUGCAGAUGCCCAACUCAACGGAGACGGCUCUCUUAAAUCAAGCUCUAAACUUAACUCUGACUUGCCGCGUCUUGGGGUUGAUUUUGGUCUUCUUAAACGAAAAAAGAAGAACUUGGACACUGAGUUUCCUGGAUUAUCUGGUUCAGUUGAUAGUGAUUUGGGGGGUAGUAACAUGAAUCUUCCCCCACUGGGCCUUGGUGGAUCACAACUCGGACUUAAUACAAAUUUAAAUGGACCAGAUGUAAAUCUAUCAGGAAGUUUUCCAGACAUUCACGAUUAUUCAUCCAGAGCUAGCUUACAGUUGCCAAAUAUUGAAACAUCUGGACUGGAGGUCAAUGGUGGACUCAAAGCACCUAGUUUAGCUACAAACAUGGGCAGCCCAAAUUUAAGCUUGCCUAGUAGCCAUCUUUCAGGGCAGUCAUUUGGGGUCAAAGCUCCAAGUUUAGACAUUGACAGAGCUAAUGCAAAUUUUUCAAUUCCAAAUGUUGACCUAUCUGGGUCAAAUAUUGAUAUUGACAAACCAGAUUUUGAGAUUCCAACUGGUAAAAUCAAUGGGGACUUGUCAACAAAACUUAAAAGCCCAGAUCUUAACUUGGAUCAUCCUUCCAUUAACAUUAAUAUGCCCAAAAUGAAAUCUGGAAAAGCACCAGACAUUGAUUUAGAUAUGCCAGAAAUUGAAGGGCCACAACUUGAUCUAAACGGCAUGCCUUCUAGUAAAUUAAAGAUACCAAAGUUUGGUUUAAAACAUUCUGCUCUAGACUUGGAUGCUCCUAAGCUUGUACGACCCAAAAUUGAUCUUUCUGGUGAUGCUAGCCUCAAAACACCAAAAGUUAAUGCAGACUUACCCAAAGCUAACAUAAAAUCUGCAACUCUCAAUGGCAAAUACAAAGCACCAUCAUUCGAAAUGCCGUCAUUUAAUCUUCCAGAAGUAAAAUUACCAGAUUUUGAUGGAACAGAUCUUGAUGUGGACUUGCCAUCCCCAAAGCUAAAUUUACCUGAUGCUAAGUUGAAAGCAAAUUCUCCAGACUUGGACAUUAGUAUACCUUCUGGUAAACCAGACAUUAAUGCUCCUUCUGGUAAGAUCAAAAAGCCCAAAUUUAAACUGUUUGGCACGGUACCGAAAAAAGAUGUUGAUUUAAAUGCAGGUCUUAAAACACCAGAAAUGAGUUGGAAAUCACCAAAGAUAAGUUUGGAUGGUCACAGUGCAACACUCCCGAGAGUGGGAACUCCAAAUCUAGCGGUCGAAUCUCCAGAUUUAAACAUAGGUGGAGCAAAAAGCAAAAUCAAAAUGCCCAAAUUUAAAAAGCCAACUUUAGAUGGUGAGUUGAAAACACCAGAUUUUGACAUAUCUAAGCCAAACUUAAACAUGCCAGAAAUUCAAAGUCCACAUUGGGAUAUAAGUGGUCCCUCUGGAAAAAUGAAAAUGCCCAAAUUUUCAGGGUCUCUGCCGAAGUCAGACCUAAAUGCUGAUCUGAAAACACCAGAUUUAAGUUUAAAAGGGGGGAUAGAUGGCCCUGAUCUGGACAUGCCUGAUGUAGAUCUAAAGAGUCCUAAUUUAGACUGGAAUGCUCCAGAUCUCAAAAUUGGUGCACCUCAAGCCAAACCCAGGAUGCCCAAAAUGAAAAUACCAGAAAUCAAUCUCCCAAGUUUCAAAGGAUCCAACAUCAACGCUGGUUUAGAUGGUCCUGACAUGGAUCUAAAGAUGCCAAAAGCAGAUCUGGACAUGCCAGAUGUGGAUCUUUCUGGAAAAUUUAAGAAACCAAGUUUUAACAUGCCAGACUUCAGCCUCUCAGGUCCAAACUUAGACCUUAAAAAACCUGACAUGAAUUUGUCCAGUCCCAAACUGAGCGGUGGUUUAAAGGGCCCUGACCUCGAUUUAAAAGCCCCCAAACUUGACAUGGGCUCCCCAGAUCUGAGCCUGGACAUGCCUUCAGGGAAUCUGAAGACACCUCAGCUGCAGGGGCCAGACUGGGACAUGAGCGCCCCUUCUGGCAAAUUCAAAAUGCCAAAGUUUAAUCUCUCUGGUCCAAAGAUGGACGCUGAUCUUAAGUCCCCAAAUUUUGACCUAAAAGCACCAAAGAUAAAGGGAGGCAUUGAAGGCCCAGACCUGGACCUACCUGACCUCAAAGGCCCACAGAUCAAUGCAGACCUGCCCUCAGGAAAACUGAAGCUCCCUGAGCUCCAGACUCCAGACUGGGACAUGAAGGGCCCCUCUGGAAAACUCAAAAUGCCAAAGAUGAACCUCUCUGGCAAUCUGCCCAAAGGACCAGACCUGAACCUGAAGUCUCCAGAUUUUAACAUGAAAACUCCAAAGAUUAAAGGAGAUUUUGACAGUCCAGAUUUAAAUUUAAAGGCCCCAAAGAUUAAAGGAGGGCUAGAUGCUCCUGAUGUCAAUUUAAAGGCUCCUAAAAUAAAGGGGGGCAUUGACACCCCAGACUUAAACCUCCCUAAUGUGGAUCUUAAAGCUCCUAACAUUGACAUGAAUCCCCCAGAUCUGAGUAUUGACUCACCUAAAGGCAAAUUCAAAAUGCCCAAAAUGAAGAUGCCCAAGUUCAGUCUCCCAGGCAUGAAAGGACCUGAGAUCGAUGGAAAACUGGAUGGUCCAGAUUUUGAUCUAAAGGCUCCGGAUGUGAAUCUAAAGGGCCCAAAAGCAGGUCUGGACAUGCCAGAUGUGGAUCUUUCUGGAAAAUUUGAAAAGCCGAGCUUUAACAUGCCGGACUUUGGUCUAUCAGGUCCAAAUUUAGACUUUAAAAAACCUGACUUGAAUCUGUCUGGUCCUAAACUGAACAGUGGUUUAAAUGGCCCAGAUCUUGAUCUGAAAGCCCCCAAACUCGACAUGGGCUCCCCAGAUCUGAGCCUGGGCAUGCCUUCAGGGAAACUGAAGACACCUCAGCUACAGGCACCAGACUGGGACAUGAGCGCCCCCUCUGGCAAACUCAAAAUGCCGAAGUUCAAUCUCUCUGGUCCAAAGAUGGACGCUGAUCUUAAGUCCCCAGACUUUGACCUAAAAGCUCCAAAGAUAAAGGGAGGCAUUGAAGGCCCAGACCUGGACCUACCUAACCUCAGAGGGCCUAAGCUGGAGGCUCCUGAUCUGAACAUCGGUUCACCAAAAACUAAAAUGAAAAUGCCCAAACUGAAGAUGCCCAAGUUCAGUCUCCCAGGUAUGAAGGGACCUGAGAUUGAUGGAAAACUGGACGGUCCAGAUUUUGAUGUAAAGGCUCCAGAUGUGAAUCUAAAGGGCCCAAAAGCAGAUCUGGACAUGCCAGAUGUGGAUCUUUCUGGUAAAUUUAAGAAGCCAAAAUUUAACAUGCCGGACUUUGGUCUCUCAGGUCCAAACUUAGACCUUAAAAAACCUGACUUGGAUCUGUCUGGUCCUAAACUGAGUGGUGGUUUAAAUGGUCCAAACCUUGACCUAAAAGCGCCAAAAAUAAAGGGAGGUAUUGAAGGCCCAGACCUGGACCUACCUGACCUCAAAGGGCCUAAGCUGGAGGCUCCUGAUCUGAACAUCGGUUCACCAAAAACUAAAAUGAAAAUGCCCAAACUAAAGAUGCCCAAGUUCAGCCUCCCAGGGUUUAAAAGCCCAGACAUUGAUGGAGGUCUCAAGGGUCCAGAUAUGGACAUGAAGCUCAAGGCCCCUGAAGCAGACCUCAAUAUAUCUGGUCCAUCCCUCAAAAAGCCCAACCUACACCUGCCUAAUCUGGGUCUGUCUGGCCCAAAGCUGGAGGGUCCAAACCUGGACCUUGCUGGUCCAGACCUCAAUGGAGGACUCAGUGGUCCAAACCUGAACGGUCCACAGAUCAGUGCAGACCUGCCCUCAGGAAAACUGAAGCUCCCUGAGCUCCAGACUCCAGACUGGGACAUGAAGGGCCCCUCUGGAAAGCUAAAAAUGCCAAAGAUGAACCUCUCUGGCACUCUGCCCAAAGGACCAAACCUGGACCUGAAUGCAGACCUGAAGUCUCCCAAUUUUAACAUGAAAACUCCAAAGAUUAAAGGAGGUUUUGACAAUCCAGAUUUAAAUUUAAAAGCCCCAAAGUUCAAAGGUGGCAUUGAUGCUCCUAACAUUAAUCUGAAAGCCCCAAAGAUAAAGGGAGGACUAGAUGCCCCAGAUUUUAAUUUGAAAACUCCAAAAAUCAAAGGGGGACUAGACACUCCUGAGAUGGACCUGAGGGCUCCAAAGAUAAAAGGUGGCUUUGACAGUCCAGAUGCAAGUUUUGGCAGUCCAUCUGCAAAGGUUAGAAAACCGCAUCUUAAAGUUCCAGAUGUUGGGUUUUCAAGCCCAAAAAUUGAUAGUCCAAAUCUAAAUAUAAACUCUAAUUUAAGGACUCCAGAAAUGAAUGUUAGGACUCCAAAAGUUAAAGGAGGAACACUGGAACUCAAAGCGCCUAAAUUAGAGGUUGGCACUCCUGAUACGCCUGAUGUUACAUUUAGAAGACCCAAAGUCAAAAUGCCAAAAGAUUUCGACAUUAACACUCCAAAGGGCAAGAUGAAAAUUCCUGAUAUAAGUCUUUCAGAACCAAAACUUAAGGGACCAAAUGUAGACUUGCCUAAUGCUAAUGUUAGGGGUGGUGAUUUGAAUUUGAGAGCUCCUAAAAUUAAAGGAGGUAUCAAUGCAGCUGAUUUUGAUUUCCAGGGACCUAACACAGAUCUUGAUUUGGCAGAAGGCAAAAUGAAAAUGCCUUCUAUUAACAUGAAGCCACCAGAGUUGACAGGAAAUAACAGAUCUCCAAAUUUGAACAUGCCAAAAGCUAGUUUCCGCAAUCCUGAUCUUAACAUUGAUGAUCCAAGUUUCCAAUUUAAUACUUCUUCGCAUCAACUACGUAGGUCAGAGAUUCCUGGAAGUGUAAAAAUACCCGAUUUAAAUAUUGAUGACAUGAGUUACCAUUUGCAAAACCCUAAUGCUAAUUUGAGAACCAGCUUGCCAGUGGUAAACAGCAACAUUGAUUUUACGCGUUCAGAUCUAAACAUAGAUGAUUUCACUGGUAAAGACCAUGUAUUAAGAGCAAGAGCAGCAAAAAUGGACCCCCAAACUUUGCACAAAUGGUCAUCAUCUGGUCUUAAUUUAGAUACAAUAGAAGGUGGACAAAUCAGUAGAGGUGGAGCUGAUUUGAAUGUGAAAGGCCAAGCGUCAGUGCAGGCCAGUGCGAACGAUGGCUACUACGUCACAGUUUUCCCCAAUCAUACAAAUCAGAAAACACAAAAUCGUAAAUCGUACACUCUCGGGGGUCUAGACUUCAACCCUGGAAACUUAGACUUAGAAGUUCCAGAGCUUGAUGUGAAUAAAGGGUCAACUUACUUCUUCUCAAACCUUAUCUGAUGCUCUGGUCACAUGGAGAUGGGUAUCUUCAAAAACAGAUUACGAACAAGGUAGGCUGUAGUUCCCAUGUAGCGCUGACUUUUGUAAGAUUGUUUUUGGAAAUAGCCAUAUAUGUGUGGACAAGGCAUCAGUUAAGAUGCCAGUUUUGUAAAAUAUCCUAUUGUUUAUUUAUUUUUAACUCAUGUUUUUGUUCAUGUUUACAGGUUGAAUUAUUAUUUUUUUGUAUAAAGACACAAAGCCACAUGUAACAAUGCAGCAUUCCUUUCUUCAUUUGCACUUUUUUAAAUUAUACUUUGUAAUAUUAAACCUACAAUGUGUAAGGAUUUUAACUGCUAUUUGUAAAGGUAAUAAUACUUGUGCCAAAGCUCAAGGGUCUUCCAUACUGCCAUGUUUUGUACAGUUUUAAAAAUGAAAUAUUGAAUUAAAGUC